CCCGCAGCCGGCGCGGGAAGCCGUCAGCGCCGGCCCGGCCGCGCAGCCGCUCCCCCUCGGCUCCGCACCGGCCGCAGGAAGGCGCAGCGGGGCGGGGACUACACGAGCAGCGGAGCCUCCCCCGGGGUGGGCAGCGCAGCUCCGCCGCCGGCCCGUGCCCCGGCGAGCGCGGCGGGAGCGGGCCAUGUCGGAGGCGGAGAGCGGUGCCGCAGGCCCCCUUUAGGUACUGGAAGGUGCUCUGAGGUCUCCCUGGAGCCUUCUCUCCCAGGCUGUCCCCACAGCAGAGGCGCUCCAGCCCUGUCAUCAUCUCUGUGGCCUCCUCUGAGCUGCCCCAGCUCCUCUGUGAAACAUGAGUGCCGAAACAGAUGCAGUUUCCACAUCUGCUUACUCAUCACCAGCCAAAAGCUUGGGAGACCCUGGAAUAACUCCACUGUCUCCAUCACACAUUGUGAAGGACUCUGAUGCAGAGGAUGCUGUAGAACAGUUAUUUCUUGUUGUUGUGGCUAUUGAUUUUGGCACAACUUCCAGUGGCUACGCCUACAGCUUCACCAAGGAGCCAGAAUGUAUUCAUGUAAUGAGACGAUGGGAAGGUGGAGAUCCAGGUGUUUCCAACCAGAAGACCCCAACCACAAUCCUCCUCACACCAGAGAGAAAAUUCCAUAGCUUUGGCUAUGCAGCAAGAGACUUCUACCAUGACUUGGAUCCCACUGAAUCAAAGCACUGGUUGUAUUUUGAGAAGUUUAAGAUGAAGCUGCAUACCACUGGUAAUCUUACCAUGGAGACAGACCUGACAGCUGCAAAUGGCAAAAAAGUCAAAGCACUUGAGAUAUUUGCUUAUGCUCUGCAGUUCUUUAAGGAACAGGCAUUAAAGGAGCUCAGUGACCAAGGAGGCUCGGACUUUGAAAACACUGAAGUAAGAUGGGUGAUUACAGUGCCUGCUAUAUGGAAGCAGCCUGCAAAGCAGUUUAUGAGACAAGCUGCCUACAAGGCAGGAAUGGCAUCUCCUGAAAACCCCGAGCAGUUGAUCAUUGCCCUGGAGCCCGAGGCUGCCUCUAUCUACUGCCGAAAGCUGCGCCUGCACCAGAUGAUAGACCUGAGUAGUAGGGCACCUGUCAAUGGCUACAGCCCGAGUGACACUAUUGGAACUGGAUUUACACAGGGGAAGGAGCACGUGCGCCGGAACCGGCAGAGCCGAACCUUCAUGGUGGAAAAUGUCAUAGGAGAGAUCUGGUCUGAGCUGGAGGAAGGUGAUCGGUACAUCGUGGUUGACAGCGGAGGAGGCACAGUGGACAUGACUGUCCAUCAGAUCAGGCUUCCUGAAGGACAUCUGAAGGAGCUCUACAAAGCAACAGGUGGCCCAUACGGUUCUCUAGGUGUGGACUAUGAGUUUGAGAAGCUGCUGUGUAAAAUCUUUGGGGAAGAUUUCAUUGAGCAGUUUAAAAUCAAGCGCCCCGCGGCCUGGGUGGAUCUGAUGAUCGCGUUCGAGUCCCGCAAGCGGGCGGCAGCUCCCGACAGGACCAACCCCCUGAACAUCACCCUGCCCUUCUCCUUCAUCGACUACUACAAGAAGUUCCGAGGGCACAGUGUGGAACAUGCCUUGAGGAAAAGCAAUGUGGACUUUGUGAAGUGGUCCUCCCAGGGAAUGCUGAGGAUGAGCCCAGAUGCAAUGAAUGCUCUUUUCAAACCUACAAUUGACCAGAUUGUUCAGCACCUGAGUGAGGUGUUCGAUAAGCCAGAGGUGACCAAUGUGAAGUUCCUGUUCCUGGUGGGCGGCUUCGCCGAGUCCCCCUUGCUGCAGCAAGCCGUGCAGAGCGCGUUUGGCUCCAGGUGCCGGGUGAUCAUUCCCCAGGAUGUGGGGCUGACCAUCCUCAAAGGAGCUGUUCUCUUUGGCCUCGACCCUGCGGUCAUCAAGGUGCGGCGCUCCCCGCUGACCUACGGCGUGGGGGUGCUCAACCGCUUCGUGGAGGGCAAGCACCCCCCGGAGAAGCUGCUGGUCAAGGACGGCACGCGCUGGUGCACCGACGUCUUCGACAAGUUCAUCUCAGCCGACCAGUCUGUAGCCCUGGGAGAGACUGUGACCCGCAGCUACACGCCUGCCAAGCCUUCCCAGUUAGUGAUAGUGAUCAACAUCUACAGCUCGGAGCAGGACAACGUCAGCUUCAUCACCGAGCCCGGCGUGAAGAAGUGCGGCACGCUGCGCUUGGAUCUCACCGGGACUGACGCCUCCGUGCCCAACCGGCGCGAGAUCAAAACGCUGAUGCAGUUCGGGGACACUGAAAUCAAAGCCAUGGCUGUUGAUGUUGCCACCUCUAAAAGUGUCAAAGUCGGUAUUGAUUUCUUAAAUUACUGACGGCCCUUUCCCCCGCCACAGCCUGUUUGUGAGACUGAUCUUCCACUGUUCCGUUUUUUGACUUCUGUCUGUCAUGUCAUCACCGUGAAUUUCAGCAGGCUACAUGAGAACAGCUAAGGUGGGGUGUGUUGUGUUUGUGUCCUUUGGUGACCAAGGACUGCAUUUUGAAAGACCCUUAAAAAGUUCUAGGAGCAAAAGUUCCAGAGGUAGUAAAAGUUACCGAGUUACUCACGCAUGCUUAAAGAUCUACCUUUAUAAAAUAAACACUGAUUAUUGUUGGGUCCUGAAGGUUAGUUAAAAAAAUACCAAGUUGUAAUCUCUUUGCCUUGUUCUUCUUCCUCCUGAGAAAAACUCACUAACCCACGUGGCUGUUGUAGGGGGUGUAUCUGUGUGGGAUAUCUGUUUAAACAGCACCAUCCUCUGGCAAUGGGAACAAAUUAGUAGUUUUAUUGUAUUCUUUGGAUUUUGCCCAGUGCUUUCAGAAUUUAAAGUGCUGAAAAUUAAUGACUCAAAGAAAUAGGAUCUCAAUUGCUUAAAUUCUGUGUAAAGGAAAUCCCCAGAAAUUCUUAAAAUUAUAUUUAGGAAAUACAUAUGUGUUUUGGGGGCCUAAUAUUGAUUGCUCCAGGUUAAAAACAAGGCCUUUGUUGUCAGAGCUCUCAGAACAAGCUGUCAGAUUAAUUAGCUAGCAUUACCCUCAUUAUACUUUGGAAAAUAAUAUUAAGAACAAACCUAUUUCUCUUUUGGGUCUUCUAAACUUAUUUUAUUAAUCUCCAUCUGAAACCACAGAAUCACAGAGUAGUUAAGCUUGAGGGGGACAUCCACUGACUGAUAAAACCUCUCCAUUCUAAGCACUAUCAGUCAGAAGAAGUUUCUUUUUCCAGUUUUAUGGUCUCCAAAAUGAAGAUCCCUAAACUCCAGGCAACUUAUUUGACAAUCCUCACUGCAAAGGUUUUUUUUCUUACGCUUAAAAGGAAUUUAUUGAGUUUAAAUUUGUGCGUGUUGCCUCUUUCUUGCUCCUUCACUGGAUACCUCUGAGAAGUCUGGCUCCAUCCUCUUUCCUGUCAGCUCUCACAUGAAAGAUCCCCCAAUCCCUUCUCCCCUUCAUGGCCCUGUGCUGCUCUCAGAGCUGUGUCUGUGUGUCCUGUCCUGGGAAGGCCAGAGCUGUUCCUGGCACUCAGACGUGGUCUCUGCAGGGCUGAAUCAGGGAAGGAUCCCCUUUCCUGACCUGCUGGCAGUGCAGUUCCCAGUGCAGCUGCACAUUUCUCAUCAUCCCUCUGACCCAUCUGCUUUAUCAAGCACUUCCCCAGGUGAUUGUAUUUCUUUUCCUUUUUCAUUCCUGUGUUAAGAUUUGGAAGCGCAGCUAGAUGAUGGCUGUCCAGAAACAUUUAAACAAUUCUCAAGAGACAAAACAUUCAGAUCUAAAAUACCGUAAUACAUUUUUUUGUAGCAGACAUUUUAAUUCAGUAAAACAUAUUGCUGGGUUGAGUUGAAUGGCCAAUGAAGUGGAAGGCAGAAACCAAUAGAAUGAAACUAUAAAUAGCAUUAAAUAAAGCAUUCCUUACCUGGCAGUGAGCACUUGAUGCAGGAGAAAUGCACUGAUGGCCAUGGUAGCAUCUUGUUUUCCAAAUAAUAACUUAGUGGAAAUGUUUCCUUAAACAUGCUCACCUGGCAAAUUUCUUUUGCAACUAGAAUAGUUUUUAUUUUGCAAAACGCUACAGGAAGAAAAUGAAACCUACAUUCUGUGUCUGCCAUGAACUGACAACUUCAGAUUCAAAUCCUAAUUCCACUCCAGAUUAGCAGAGUGGUACCAACCUGUAGAAUCACCCUAAAAUGCUGACACUUCCCAGUGCAUUUAUACAGAGCUGCCUGACUACCUGCUGGAAUUCAUUACAUUUUCAAAACAUUGCAAUGUUAAUUAUUAACCUAGAACUUCCUUUUAAAAAAGUUGAGCAUGAGUUAAAUCCAUUACUGACACUUUUGGGAGAUUAAAGCUUUAACAGUUAUUUCAUUAAUUUAUGUUCCAAUCCUGCACUUAAACUUUCUGUGUUUAUCCUGGAGUUUUGCCACAGUACAGAGCUGGACAACUGAUCCACUGCAUUUUGUCAUUGAGUUUUCUGUGUCUCCUGCAGAAUUCCCUGAUUUAAUGGGAAAUGUGUUCUGCAUUCAGCUUUAAAAUAAAUAAAUAAAGGACUAUGGAGAAUGCUAGUCACAGUAUCCUGCUGGAUACUUUCUAUAAUUACAAAGUGUGCUUGCUAGCAGUCGAUUUCCUGCUGCCUGCUAAAUGCUUUAAAAGCUAAAUACUGGGAUUUUUUUUGUGUGUGCUGCUUUCCAUGGUUUACAAACAAGAGAAACUUUAAGAUGAGUUAUGAACAAUAUAAUUUUAUGUAUAUACAAUAUUUAAAUAUUGUACAGACUCUUUCUUUCUACAGUGCUAUUUUCUUGUAUAAAAAUGCACUUUGCCUCUGUUGAUUUCAUUCAGCUGUUAAUUUUAAAUAACACAGUUUCUCAAUCAGCUUCUGUAAUUAUAGGCUUUUAAAGAUGGUAAGAUAUGAAAUGUAAAAGGCCGAUCUUUUAAUAAUAGGAAAGAAAUGUUGGUGUGUCAGAGAAUACAACAUUCUUCCUGCAAUGCAAGUCAUACCAGCUAAGCACAUCACACAAAUGCAAUAGUCUGUUGCUGGGGUUUUCAUUUCUUUGUUUCAGAUGGUGACCAUUCCAUCUCCAGCAAUUCUUCAUAAUAAUGGAUGAAUCCUCCUGUAAAACCAAAAAUCAGAUUGUCAAAUCUGGGUAUACAGCUUCUUCACUAGGUUUUGGGUUUUUAAUAAGGGUAUUCUCUAGUUUAAAAAGCAACAACAACAACAAAUGAAAAACUACCUCCCAAAGCCAGGCAACACUCUUUUAUUGUAGCUGCAGGUAAGGCACAGUCUCUGUCUACCACUUCCACCUGCCAAAAAACAGAGUUCUUAGAGAAAAAUAGGCUUUGCUGUCUUUGCAUGCUAUGUUAAGCUGAAUCUGUCCAGUUCUGCACAGAUUUGUUUUCAGUGGCCUUAACACAGGAUUUGGUUUAAUAAAUGGCUGUCACCCCUGUCCCCCCUGUGAAGAGGAGGUGAUCUGCAGGAUCCGGUGGCCCAUGGGCUUUGUGCUGUUUCCAGCCUGCCUGCAGGGAAGGCUGCAGGUGGGUUCUGCAGCUCUUCUGAAGCACAGCUCCCUGCCCAGCAGAUUCUCUGCCCUUUCUGAUUCACCUUUUGUAAGAUCCCAUCUGGAUCCAAGCAGGGGCUCGUUGCUGAAAUCCCUGUAAAACUGUAAAACGUGGUUUACAUAUUUUUGCACUUCCUCCUUCAGUCUGGUGAGAACACCAUCAAGCUUAUGUUUGCAGAGCACUGAACUACUGAACAAACUCCCAGCUGUCCUUGUUGCCCUCUUUCAGAAUGGAAAAUUAGCUUAUCUCUCUAAGGAAUUAGAAUUGUUAAGUAGAAUAUUAUGCUGUGGUCUGUAGACAGUAACCCAAUUAAACAACUUUACAUUUUAAGAGGCAUGUGGAUGCCCAUUUCGAUAAAGGAUGUUAGGUUGUAAAAUUUAUAUGAAAUUUACUAGGAAAUGAGGCAUUUUUAGAAUUGUAGUUGUGACACUUUUGCAGGACAUUUGUUCCCCUGCAGAGCAUUUUUUUGGUAGGGGUUUCAGAUGACAUUGUGCAAAUUAGUGUGGGAAAGACAACAAGGCCAGCUAUCCAUAGGGAAAGCAGAAGGUCUUGGCAGGGGUUUUGCUCCAAGCAGCAAUUUGCAAGUUUGGGUCCAAGUUACUGAACUCUAGACUGAAGUUUAGCAGCUAAUUGUGAUGGAAUGGUUAAUUGUGCUAGAAUAUGAUAAAUGUGCAGUGGUGGUUAGGACAGUUUUCAGUGGUAUGAGUAUACCAGUAUUCAUAUACAGGAGUUUUAAUGCAUUAUUAUGAGAAGGCUAAUUAUAUAUUGCAGAGAUUUAAUAGCCAAGAUAAGCUGCAUAUUUAUGAUAUGAAGUGGCUUAAGCGGAUGAAUAGUAUAAAAGUUGUUGGGCAUAAUGUCACAGUACUCACCUGCUUGAAAUAGUCUUAAACUAUAUUAUAAAACCAACCAUUGUGGUCUUGUUCACCUCUGUGCAAGAUAAAUUCAGAUUUCACUGAUACUUGGAGCUGUUCACAACUUGUCUGGAUUGUAUCUUGAGUGUUCUUGUGUCUUCAAUCAUGUCGAAUAAAAUACCUUAAAACUAA